UUCCAAUGAAAUACAAUUUUGACCAUUUCCAGAACCAUGUUCACGACGACAUACAAUCAGAAUUAAUUUCUGUAGAGGCAGUAAUGUUGCGAAGGUUGAGCUUCCAUUAUACGACCACUUACUGGUUCGUAAAGAAUGUUUCGCACGGAUUCGUAACUCCUGUUAUUAAUCUGUUACUGACCGGCAAACAUUAUUAUGCUUUUUAACCACUUUUGCUUUUGAAUCUAUGGAUGCUGUGAUAAUAUGAUCUGAUGGUUAAAUACUACUGGAUAACAUGUGGUUCGCAUUUUACAUAAUCCUGUUGUGGACAAGUCUGACGGCUGGACAAUGGAACACUCCGCAGUUUUCCUUUGAUCGUCAUCACGUUGAUAAUAAUAACAUCAACAUGGAUAUACCGGCAUUCGUGGUGAAUUUGACAUUGGAAAAGGAAGAUGGAUCGUAUGUUGAUUCAAGACAGAUUACAGUCACGCUGAGCCCCGAUGUAAUCAAUGCCAUCCCCUCGGAAUUCGGCCAGUACAUUUAUCCACUGCCGAACACCGACAGCCGCAACAUUCCCUCCACCGACUGGUACUAUACAUGGACAACCUUCACCGAGUGGUCAGCCUGUUCGGCUGACUGCGGUCCAGGAUUGCAGUUUGCUGAAAGAUUUUGUGUGCAAGUACUGGAGGGAUCGCAUGUUGUUGCCGCCGCAUCGACCGUUGAUCCCUGCCUUGACCGCGACAUUAGCCAGAAUAUUACCACAUCUGUUGCGCAGUCAUCCGCCGGCCAGUCGUCACAGAAGCGCUACCGUCAAUGUCAUCAGGCUCCCUGUCAACCUUAUCACUUAACACCACCCGAUCAACACCAGCCCAAUGACCAAACCAAUAAUUUGACUCUCUUUAAUCAUCCCCACACUCGCCGCAGGGAGCCACUGGAUCCGGCUGACAUUAAGAACGAAUAUGAAGAUAAUAAGCUUGCCAUAAUAUUUGGAUAG